AAUUGCUUCAGAAAAAUACCAUUUUACGAUACAAAUGGCAAUGGCUUGCCAAAGUAUACAUAUACAAAUGCAUAAACAACUCGUGGGUGAUCCGGGAGCAUACGCCAUGGAAUCCUCAGGGUGGCAUGUUUUUGGUCUAUCUUUCAAGCUGGAGAUAAGAUAAGAGCAAGCGCCCACUCUACUUUAUUGGCCGCUCUCGUGACGACAGGUGUAGCCAUUUCAUAGGCGAACAGAACAAACAGCUCGGUCCUAAACCUUCUCCUCUCGCACCACCUGGACAGCGCCCAAACAGCAGCUUAUUUACCAGUCCAGGAAUCAAAUAGCUUUGCGCUAUCACGGUGGUCAGAAGCGGAAACUACCAAUCUUCACCCCCACAACACCCCCACACGCACACACAUUCGGGCCCGCCCGCCGCUCGCAAACAUGACCGAGGGCGUCGCCACGUCGCCCGAGGACGCCGCGGCCGCCAGGGCGGCGGAGCAGGCGAGGAUACGCAAGGAGCGCAGGGAGGCCAAGAUCAAGGCCGGUGGCAGCGCGAGGCUGAACAAGAUUACCGGCCUUGGCGGCGGCCUGCAGAGAGACCCGAUCCCACAGCCGCCGACAGCAGAGCAGCCGUCCGACAGCGCAGCGGCGGCGCAGCCGGCAGCAGCAGCAACGGCCGAGCACGCCGACCCGGCCGAGGUCGACAUCUCGGAGCACUACUACGCCCCGCGCGCCACCCCGCGGCAGCCCGCCGACUCGUCCCCGGCCCCGCCCACGCCACCGUCUGCCGCCGCCCCCGAAAUGUCCGAGGCCCAGCUGCGCCAGCUUAUGCUCGGCCUCGACCCGCGAGCCGGCGCCGGCGCCGGCGGUGCCCCACCCUUCCCUGGCCCGCCAGGCGCCGCCGACGAGGACCCCAUGAUGAAGCUGCUCUCGCAGAUGAUGGGCGGCGGCGGGAUGCCCGGCGGCGGACCCGGAAUGUUCCCACCCGGCAUGAUGGGCGGCGGCGGCACCACCCCUCAACAACAGGCAACGGCCCCACCGCCUGUCGACACGUACGCCGUCGCCUGGCGGCUGCUCCACCUGGCCGUGGCGCUGGGCCUGGGCCUGUACAUGGCGCUCUUCAGCGGCUUCAACGGCACGCGCGAGGCCCGCGACCGCGCCGCCCGCGCCAGCGCCGACGGUAUCCCGGACCUGCUCGACGGCGACGACGCCGGGCGGCGGCACCUCUUCUUCUGGGGCUUCGCCACCGCCGAGGCCGUCCUCAUCACGUCCCGAUUCUUCCUCGACCGCGCCAGGGCCCCGCCCUCGGGCAUCGUCUGGACCGUCGCCAGCUUCCUGCCGGGCCCCUUCAGGGGCUAUGCCGAGUCCGUCCUGCGCUACGGCCAGAUCUUCUCCACCGUCAGGUCCGACCUCUUGGUCUGCGUUUUUAUACUCGGCGUGAGCUCCUGGCUGCAGUCCUGCACCCUCUGUAGCUUGGGACAAUAAGAGAUUUAGUACUGGGUCGUCAUCAUUCUAUAAUUCGAGCACGAUUCAUCCCUCACAGAAGGUCAAUUCUUAGCCAAGCCCGACUACCUGGUUUCUCGUGACAUCCUGAGCGUCUUCACCUCACUGCCCCAUGUGAUGCUUCUACGGCCCGAGUGUGAAGGUACCUCGCGAUGCUGAACGUAAAAUCAUCGUCAUAUAUCUCAAAUGGCGGUAGCUAAGCUAUUUAGAUACCAAGCAAAAUAAAGCCACGCAAUCCUGAACCUGGUAUGAUACUUUUGUUUUGAAAUACCUUCCCAAAACACUAUUUUUGGCACCCAUUUUGUUUUCCUGUGUGUCCACUUCGUCGGC